GUCCGGACUGGGCGGGCUGGGAGGCCGGAGCCGGCCAGCCCCGGGCGGCGGCGCAGAUGGUCGGGGCGUCCUCUCCUAAGGGGCCGCCCAGACCCGGGCGGCCCGCGCCGCGGUCGUCGGAGCGCCGCUCUCGCCUGUUUACAUAAUUCCUGGUCAACAGAGAAAUGUGGAGUGUCUCAGCUGAAUCCCCAUGCAGACGAGAUCAUUAUGGUCCUGGUUGAAAAAAUGAUAUGUUAGUUGAAGGAAGCAAAGCAGAAAGCCCAGAAGGAAGAGAAAAUAUUGGUGCUUGGGCUACAUCAAAACAAAGAUUUCUGCUCUCAAGGAGCUCAUAUUCUAUCGGAGAGACACAGAUGUUCUUUAGAUUGAUCUGCAUGACCAGCCUGGUUUCUGUAAAAGAAGAAUCUGCCAAAGGGAGUGAUUUAAGAUCCACUGCAGGUGUGUUAGCAGCACUGCUUCUGUAACACAAGCCUAGACUCACUACAUCUUGGAAGAGAAUGGCCAUUUCCCAGAAGGCAGCCUUUUUCAUGCUGGUAGCAUCCUGUGUUUGCAGCACUGCCUUCCACAGAGACCAGCAGACUUGGUUUGAGGGUGUCUUCCUGUCUUCCAUGUGCCCCAUCAAUGUCAGUGCCAGCAUCUUGUAUGGAAUUAUGUUUGAUGCAGGGAGCACUGGAACUCGGAUUCAUGUUUACACCUUUGUGCAGAAAAUACCAGGGCAGCUUCCGGUUCUGGAAGGGGAAAUUUUUGAGUCUGUGAAGCCAGGACUUUCUGCUUUUGUAGAUCAACCUAAGCAGGGUGCUGAGACAGUUCAAGAACUCUUAGAGGUGGCCAAAGACUCAGUCCCUCGAAGUCACUGGAAGAGAACACCAGUGGUCCUGAAGGCAACAGCGGGACUGCGCUUACUGCCAGAAGAGAAAUCCCAGGCUCUGCUCUUUGAGGUAAAAGAGAUCUUCAAGAAGUCACCUUUCCUGGUACCAGAUGACAGUGUUAGCAUCAUGGAUGGAUCCUAUGAAGGCAUAUUAGCUUGGGUUACUGUGAAUUUUCUGACAGGUCAGCUGCAUGGCCACAGCCAGGAGACCGUGGGGACCCUGGACCUGGGGGGGGCCUCCACCCAAAUCACGUUCCUGCCCCAGUUUGAGAAAACCCUGGAACAAACCCCUAGGGGCUACCUCACUUCCUUUGAGAUGUUUAACAGCACUUACAAGCUCUAUACACAUAGUUACUUGGGAUUUGGAUUGAAAGCUGCAAGACUAGCCACCCUGGGAGCCCUGGAAACGGAAGGAAUUGAUGGACACACUUUCCGAAGUGCCUGUCUACCGAGGUGGUUGGAAGCAGAGUGGAUCUUUGGGGGUGUGAAGUACCAGUAUGGUGGUAACCAAGAAGCAGGGGAGGUGGGCUUUGAGCCCUGCUAUGCUGAAGUGCUGAGGGUGGUCCAGGGAAAACUUCAUCAGCCAGAUGAGGUCCAGAGAAGCUCCUUCUACGCUUUCUCUUACUAUUACGACCGAGCUGUUGACACAGACAUGAUUGAUUAUGAAAAGGGAGGUGUUUUAAAAGUUGAAGAUUUUGAAAGAAAAGCAAGGGAAGUGUGUGAUAACCUGGAAAACUUCACCUCUGACAGUCCUUUCCUGUGCAUGGAUCUCAGUUACAUCACAGCCUUGUUGAAGGAUGGCUUUGGCUUUGCAGGAAGCACCAUCUUACAGCUCACAAAGAAAGUGAACAACAUAGAGACAGGCUGGGCCUUGGGGGCCACCUUUCACCUGCUGCAGUCUCUAGGCAUCUCCCACUGAGGCCAAGCCAUUCCUCUGAGGCCUGCAUUUGCCAACAACUUUUUUAAAGGGAAAACAAGAGAGGCGAGGACUCAGUCGUGUUCUGAGCUAGUCUGGAGACAUCCUAGAUUGAAGGCCAGCAGCCGGUUUCAUCUGGAGGAAGGGGCUUUUGUAGACAGGUGUUGCCCUUGAGUCUAGAGAUUUGGGUUUAAUUAAUUUUACACAUCAAAUGUGAACUGUUUCCUAACCACUCUUUGUGAACAGGUGGUACCAGAGUCUAAAUCUUUGAGGUUCCUUAUGUGUCACAGAGAGCCAAAAGGAAUAGCUUUGGUACUUAAUAACCUUGGGGAAUCCAGGGAUGGAACCCUGGGAACCAAAGAAAAAUCUCAUUUCAACCCUUUUAGUGCCUCAUUCCUUUAAACAUUUUCCUUACAUGUUAAACUAAGCUGACUGAUGGCAAUCCCAUGACCUGUCAAACACCAGUAUUUUUUUUUCCCUACACAUUGCCCUCUCCCACCUUUAUCUCCACUGACCUACCCUAAAAAAAAGAAAGGAAAAAAUACCUGGUUUUGCUUUCCAUGUGUAAUUCAAAGGGGAAAAAAAAAAAAUCUGUAUCUGGGGAAUUCCCCAGCGGUCCAGUGGUUAGAACUCCGAGCUUUCACUGCCGAGGGCAUGGUCAGAGAACUAAGAUCCCUGGUCAGAGAACUAAGAUCCUGUAAGCUGCGUGCGUGCUGAGGCCAAAAAAAAAAAAAAAAAAUUACCAUGUCUGAAGUUAUGUGAUCCUGCUUUGUGUUAGCACUAAUCAGCCAGCUGAGAGCCAUUCUAAAUCUCAGCAGGAUGGAAAGCAGCUCCUAAUUGGGCAGAAGGGCGGCCAUCCAGUUUCUAGGGACAUGUUCUGGGAGGGUGUGGCUGCCUUGUACAGACCACCUUCUUUUAAUCAACUUUUUACCAGUAAACCUUGGGAUUGAUGAAUAUAUCCAACCUUAUAGGAAUGUGUCUGUGUGUGUUCCGUGCUAGUAACUCUUCCCAGGCUAAUGUGUUUUUAGUAAUUUGUCCUCCUAAACUUUUCUUUGUAUUUCUAAGAAGUACACCUAUACCCUAGUUUUUGCUCUGUGGUGAGAGCGGACUGUGGCUGUGCUUUUCAAGGGUCUAGAUUUUGGUAAUCUCAGUUUGCCCUUUUGUUCUGUUUAUAGCAGUUUCUCUUUCUGCCCUGACCCCUGAUCAUUUUAGCUAGCAUCCUCUACAUUACUUGUCUAGUCCCACGAUUUCUGAACUCUUCUUGAUGAUACUUAACGUUAGAUUUGGUUGGUCAUUUUGGCCCACAUCCAUACAGUGGAUGCUCACUUUGUUCAGAGUUCUUGAUUUUGUGAAUUAUGUCCCCUAAAAUUCAUUAUCUUGUAUUUCCCCGCAUGAACACCAUUUGCUUCUUUGCCCACUGAAAUUGCUCUUGGACUUGAAAGGUCUUCCUGUAGUCUGGUUUCUUUACCUUGGCUGUUUACCUCCAGCUUCUUUCCAGCAGAGUUGUUAUCUCCCCAGGCUUGUAGCUUUCACAGUAGACGUUCAGCUUUUUCACAAAAGAUGUUAUAUACACCCGACCCUCACACCAGUUCCUGGGGAACCUUGUUUUUAAAGUAUUCCAUUGAGUCCAUAAAUAUUUAACACCUGAUAAUGUGCAAAUAACUUGGCAAAUUUCUAUAUCCUCAUCCCUGCAAAUUUUAGUUUUUCAAUUCAAUGUGGAGUUUUUUCAUUCUUCACACUGACUUUUAAUUAUGCUAAGGUCACCUUUAUACCUAUUGUCUCUUUCUACAAAAAUGCUAAGACAGAAUGAAAUAAUAGGAUCUUAAGAGUUGGAAACAGCCUAAAGGUAUAAUCCAGUCUUCUACUCACUGCAGAAUUCCCUUAACACUUCUAACUGGUUGCCAUUCAGCUUGUUUAGGCAUGUUUCCAGAAAACUCAUUCCACUUUGGGAUUGCACUGAUGUUAAAAAAUCCCUCCUUCUCAGUAGUCUUAGUUCUGCUUUAAUCCUUCCUUCCACAGCCUUUCAGUCUUCUGAAGAAAACUCAAGUCCUUGACAUUCUUUUUAACAUACCACUUGACUUCUAGACCGCUUCCUAUCUUUGUCAAGAGUAUGGUAUUAGAACCAGUCAUCAUACACAAAAUGUUGUUCUACAAGAUUAGGGGGAGACAAUUUCCUGUUAGAAACCAAGGUGUUUUCUUGUGAGAUAAGCUGUGUCACUAAAGACUCUUCCAGCUGGGUGGGUUCAGAGCAGUAAGAUUUCCUGGUCUUUAUCACAGCUUGUGUCUGAAGCUUUUCUUAUAAAGGCCACAUCUUGUUCAGCAGACUCCUUCAGUCAUCCUCAGUACUUUCGGAACACGAGUAGAUGCAUUAUAACUCCAGAAAUGUAUCUACAUAUUUUCUGAUAAUCUUGAUUAGAAUAUCUGGAGAAUUAACCAGUUUAUCCAAUAUAGGAGCAAUUUGGAAUGAGAAUUUUUAUUUCUUAGAAAAAAGGAUUUGUCUAUAAUGUCCUUUUUGCCCCUAGUGUACCUUUUGGGCCUCUUAUUAAUUAAGCAUCCUACAGGGUCUGACGGUGGUGGUUGGGUUUCCUUUCUGUAAAUGGGUUAUGUAUCUCAGAUACUCAGGACGUGGCCUUGCCCACCGUGGUGGUGGUUUGUCGUCUCCAUAUGAAAAACAUCAUCUGUGGGUCAUGGAGGGCCUUGCAAAGUGUGCCUUCAUAUUCUUCAUCUCACUUGACUUUGUUUGAUACUUUUGUAGAGUCCAUGUUCUUCUUACCUGGGCUACCCUUCCAUUUUUUUUUUUUAAUAAAAGAUGACCUUUUUUCCAUAUAGUGACCUUUCUGGACUCUGCCAGUAGUCACACAGCUUUUCCCAGUAGCUGCCAUCUUUCAUCCUGGGCACAUUUUUCCUGAGAUUCCAGGAAGGUUUGUGACAGUCACACUUUUUUACUCUAGUAUCUUAUAAAUUUUCCACAUUUACCUGAAAAGCUCCCCUGUGGUAACCAAUUUCCCAUUCCUUCAGAAAUAUUUCCCAAGAAUAGUUUAGCUUGGGUCUAAAGCAGACUGUUAUCUUCUCCUUUCAUCUUCAAAUCAGACUUCUGGGCAAGAUGUUCCUUAUGGUAUACAAAUCUAAUGGAUCCGCAAAGCUCUUCAACAGGCAUCCCUGGUACUGUGAGGUAGGCAUUUCAAAAAUGUAUAGUAAAACAACCCACCCCCACCCAAGUUGGCACCACUUUGUGACCAAACAUGAACAAAUUCUGCUGCUAAUCAGAUUUUUCCUUUUGACCUGGUUCCUGAGGUCUUUAAACCUGUGCAAUGAAAUUUAUUGUUUUAUUACAGAAUAGAAUGGUGUCCCACAGAGGAACCAUAAAUGAAAUACGGUGCUGUGAUGAGGACAUAAUUAGCAUUUUAAGAUUUGGUUUUCUUUUCAGAAAGUCUAAUAUACCUAUAACAAAGGUUAAAGCAAUUUGUUUAUUUUGCAUUUUAGUGUUAUUAAUUUUAAAAUAGCAGUUCUAACAAAAAUCCAUCAAAUGACUAUUUCUAAUUAUCUUUAUCAAAAAACAAUUGUAUAAAUUUACUGGCAGCAUUUUUUAAAAAAUGUAUAAAUCUCUUUAGAAAGGAUUGCUAACAAGUAAAAUGAAUGAGACAGCACCUUAGCAAUUUUUAUUCUAGUAAUAAAGUUCUUUUCAACCUUU